UGCCUGUCAGUUGCGCAUGCGCAUUACAGCGUCUCUGUUUUUUGAGUGAAAACCAUGGCCGUCGCGAUGCAGACGGAGGAUUUUCCUUACUUGCCUUCGGGGCCGGCGGAGGUAAAUAAGCUGAUAAAGGAGCACGGUGACCUGUUUUCUGACUCCCAGUGUAAAGUCUGCAGUGCUGUCCUCAUUUCGGAGUCUCAGAAGUUAACUCAUUAUCAGAGCAAGAAACAUGCCAACAAAGUGCGGCGUUACCUUUCCAUCCGAACUGAGAAGGAGCCAGCGCUGAAAAAGUUCAGGUCGUCGUCCGAUAGUGUGAGUAAAACGGACUGUAACAACGGAGACACCGACCGGUCGAAGGUGUGUCAUGUCUGUAACAUGACCUUCUCCUCUGCUGUGAUGGCCGAGUCUCACUACCAGGGCAAAGUUCACGCCAAGAACCUAAGGCUGAAAACCGUUGGCCCCCAGGCCCCAGCCGUAGCCUCCCAAACGCCACCAACAGUCCAGCCGAAGAAGAAACCAGCAGACGAUUCGAGCGGCGCGCCGGCGCCGGGCGGCAACAACAACAACAACCCGGACCGUUUCUGCUCCAUCUGCCAGGCCUCGUUCAACAACCCGCUCAUGGCCCAGCAGCACUACGUGGGCAAGAAGCAUAGAAAACAGAUGACCAAGCUGAAACUGAUGGAGACGUACGGCCCCUCCACUGCACCAGCUUCCACACUAAAGGGCUACCAAUGCACCGUGUGCACCAUUGAGCUGAACUCUGUGGAGCAGUACCAGUCUCAUAUCAGUGGUGCCAAACAUAAGAACCAAGUGAAGAAAUCCGGUCUGAACACUGCGGAGAACCAAGACGCAGCAGAGCAAUCGUACGAGGGCGACAACCAGUACGCCGGCGGACAGGAGCAGUUCACCGCAGCCGACGAGCAGUACGCCCCCGUGGAUGAGCAGUACGCCCCCGCCGAUGAGCAGUACGCCCCCGCCGAUGAGCAGUACGCCCCCGCCGAUGACACGCCGUACGCAGCCGGAGAUAACCAGUACGCUCCCGAGGACACGGAGUACUCAGAGGAGUACCAGUUUACUUGAGGGCUGGGCUGGUACGGACUGCAGAGGUUUCAGUCAGGACUUGGAAUGACACGCAACAACCAGCCCCCCCCUUCCUCCCCUUCCUUUUUAACACCUUAACAUCAACCUCCACUUCUCAGUAGCCCCCCUCCUCCCCCUGGAGCAGAGUCACCUGGAC